UUUUUCUUUCAUAAAAUUAACACGGAUGGCAUUUUGGUCAUUCAGCAUAAAUCUAGAUUUGGAUUCGUCAAGCAUAUAAAUUGAGAAAAUCAUUUUUCAUCCUUGCUUUCAGCUGGGGCCUGGGUUGUUACAACUUCAGAGAAGAGUUGAACCAUGAUGGGAAGAUGCUUAUCAGUUCAAUCAUCAAACCCAACCGAGCUUAAAUUUCAAACUUUGAAUGGAAUUCAACAUCUAGCUGAAAGUCGUCGAUUCAAGGCAUGGUUUCUGGAUCAGUUUGGUGUGCUUCAUGAUGGGAAACAACCCUAUCCUGGUGCCAUUUCGGCCUUGGAAAAGCUGGCAACUUGUGGUGCAAAGAUGGUAAUCAUUAGUAAUUCUUCAAGAAGAGCAUCUACAACCCUGGAAAAAUUGAGGAGCCUUGGAUUUGACCCGUCACUCUUUAUUGGUGCCAUCACGAGUGGUGAAUUAACACAUCAGUAUCUUCAAACGAGAGAAGACGCUUGGUUUGCCUCAAUAGGAAGAUCGUGUAUUCACAUGACUUGGAGUGACAGGGGUGCUAUAUCUCUUGAAGGCCUCGGACUAGAAGUUGUAGAAAAUGUCGAGGAAGCUGAUUUUAUUUUGGCUCACGGAACUGAAGCCUUGGGGCUUUCUUCUGGUGCCGCAAUUCCUAUGAAUCUUGAUGAACUUGAGAAGAUACUGGAUCGGUGUGCUACUAAGAAAAUCCCCAUGGUAGUAGCAAAUCCUGAUUUUGUAACUGUUGAAGCUAGAGCUCUGCGUGUUAUGCCUGGAACAUUGGCAGUCACGUAUGAAAAACUUGGCGGUGAAGUGAAAUGGAUGGGUAAACCUGAUAAGAUAAUAUACAAGUCAGCUAUGGAAAUGGCUUCUGUUGUGGAUGCCUCCGAUUGUGUUGCUAUAGGGGAUUCCCUUCACCAUGAUAUCAAAGGCGCAAAUGUAGCUGGAAUUGCAUCAGCGUUAAUCACAGGUGGAAUACAUGCUGCUGAACUUGGACUUGGCAAAUUUGGAGAAGUCGCGGAUGAUGAUGCUGUACACGCUCUUGCCUUGAAAAACGAUGCAUAUCCUACAUAUGUGCUCUCUUCAUUUACAUGGUGAAGAAUUUACUAUUCACUUUGUACCUCUUUUGGAUUCUUUUGGUUUUGGUGUCAACCAUUGUGUUUUAUCUGAAUUUGGUUUUUCCUUGAACCAUCCAUUUUAUCUUGGUGGAAUACAAGAAUUUUCAUGAUCAAGUUUUAAAUUAGUUGUUGUAAUUAUAGGUAAGGUGAACUAUAUGAAAAAUGGUACUAAUUUUUUACUGA